CGCGCGCGGCGGUGCGCCUCGCGCGGCGGCCGCGUCCGAGAGGGCUGGGCGACCCUCCGGCCCCUGGGAGUGGGGGACCACGGCGGGGAGAUCGGGCCCGAAGCGCGGUCCUCCGACGCCGCCCGCGCUGCGCCCGCUCCAGAGUCCCUUCUUCCGGCCCGGCCGCUCGCCCGGCGCCUCUGCGGAGCCCCCUGCACCCCCACGCCGGCCUCCUCCCCGCCUCCAGCCCCCGGGCUGUCCGGCUCCUGCUCGGGUCGCUGGGAAGUCGGGCUUCCACCCUCCUCCGGCUCAGGUCCCCCGCUUUCCUGCUCCGCGCCAUCUACCCCUGCGCGGGGCUCCGGCCCACCAAGACCUGCACCCCUCGGCCACCCACGGCUUCCGCGAGGCCCGGCCCUCGUCCGCCCAGGACAGGUUUCUGGACCAGCCGGAGGAGGGGCCUGAGAACCGUGUGAGCCCGGCACCCCGCCCAGGGCUCCCUCAAAGCCACCCCCCGAAUUCUUUUGGGGGCUAGGGUCGCAAGGGAGGCCGCGCGACUGAGUACGCCGGUGGGGUGUAGACCGUGGUGCAGACCUCCAUGAGCCGGCCCCAGACAGCCCUGCUGGGCCUGGGCCUGCUGCUCAUGCUGCUGCUCUACGUGGGGCUGCCGGGCCCCCCAGAGCAGACCUCCUGGCUCUGGGGGGACCCCAAUGUCACCAUCCUGGCUGGUCUCACUCCUGGCAACUCCCCCAUCUUUUACCGAGAGGUGCUCCCACUCCACCGGGCACGCAGGGCGGAGGUGGUGCUGCUCCACGGAAAAGCCUUUAACUCCCACACGUGGGAGCAGCUGGGCACGCUGCAGCUGCUGGCGCAGAGGGGCUACCGGGCUGUGGCCCUUGACCUCCCAGGUUUUGGGAACUCAGCGCCUUCAAAGGAGGCCAGCACAGAGGCGGGGCGGGCCGAGCUGCUGGGGCGUGCGCUGCGGGACCUGGAGGUGCAGAAUGCCGUGCUGGUGAGCCCCUCGCUGAGCGGCCGCUAUGCCCUGCCCUUCCUGAUGCGAGACCACCGUCAGCUGCACGGAUUCGUGCCCAUCGCGCCUGCCUCCACACAGAACUACACCCAGGAACAGUUCUGGGCGGUGAAGACCCCGACUCUCAUCCUCUACGGGGAACUGGACCGUGUCCUGGCUCGGGAGUCACUGCGGCAGCUCCGCCACCUGCCCAACCACUCGGUGGUGAAGCUGCACGACGCAGGCCACGCCUGCUACCUCCACAAGCCGAAAGACUUCCACCUUGUCCUCCUUGCCUUCCUUGACCACCUGCCUUGAGCUCGCCCACUUAGCUUGGAGGAUCCGGACCAGUCCCUCAGCAGGGAGGCCCCUGGGACCGGACGGCCGAGGCCAGAGGGCCAGGCCCAGGCAGGACCUCUCAUUUCAUCUCACAGGUACAAUAAAUAAAAGCGUGUUUGUCAUGCC